AUGGAUGAUAAUAUUCUAGAUUCUUCAAGAGAAAAUAAUAAUAUUGAAUUUGAAAAUUCACUUAGGAAAUCAUCUAUACAUUUAAAUAAUAAAGAAAUUAUCAAAAAUGAUAGUCCUGGUGUUGAGUAUAAUAUUUUUCAAGUCUCUGAAGAACUUCUUGAUAAAUUAAAAAUAUUACAAUAUGAAAAUGAAUUUGUAAGAAAAAAUUCAAGUUUUAAAAGAAUUCAUAAAUAUUAUUUUGUUAAAAGUACUAAUACAGGUGAACAAUUUUUUUUAUUUACUAAUUUAGCAGCUUGGCUUAUUCAAAAAAGUGGUGAAAAAAAUUUUGAAAUGCCACAAGAAUUUGAUGAUCCAAAUAUUACACUUGGAAGAAUUCUUUCACAUUUAAAAAUGCUUGGUAUAACUGAAACAUUUACAUUAACAAAAUUAAAAAGUGGUUCAGGUGAAAUGGUAAUUCAAAUAUUAGAUUUAUUAAGUGAUUUUGCAUUAUCUAAACUUUCUUUUAAUUGGUCUGAAAUUCAAAAACCAAUUGAUGAUCCUGAAACUGAUGAUGCUGAUGUUGAAGAUGCAGAAUUAGUAGCUGACCAAUUUGAAUCAGAUACAGAGGAUGCUAUAAUGGCUUUAGAAAAUGAUGAUGAUGCAGUAUAUAUAGAUUUAGAUGCUACAACAAUAAUAAAUGAUGAUAUAGAUGAAAAUUUAAAAGUUGAAGAACCUGAAAUACAAAAAAUAAAAAAAAAUGAAGUAAAUAUAGAGGCAUGGAAAGAAGAAGUAGAAAGAGCUUUACCACAAUUAAAAAUAACUUUUCGUUCAGAUGCCACAGAUUGGAGAAUGAGACUUGAUCAAAUGGAAAAAUAUUUUAUAUCACUUACAGAAAAUUUUGAUAAAAUAAAACCAUUAUUAAAUAAAAUAUCGUCAAAUGUAUCAAUUGACAUGGAAAGAAUUGAUAAUAGAGAAAAACAUAUAAAUUCUCAAAUUGAAUCAAUUUUAUUAAACUAUCGUCAAACACAAGAUCGAUUAUCUGAAGGUAUUCAACAAUAUAAAGAAUCAAGCACGGGUUUAACACAACGUUCAGAUAUUUUAUCACAAUUAACAGAAGAAAUUGAUCAAUUAAAGCAACAGGUUGAAGAGCAAGGUUCAAAAAAUACGGAUGGUGCUCCAAUGAUUCGUAUAAAACAGGCAAUUGCAAAAUUAGAAAGUGACAUAAUUACACUUAACAUACAAAUUGCUGUUAUAGAACAGCAAAUAAUAAUGAAUGAUAUGAAUGAUCGCAAAAAUCCAAGUAUAAUUUAA